AUGAGUUCGUGGACAGUUUUGGAUAAAACUGAUAACACGUUGACGAUUGUGCUCAGAAGGGGCGAAAAGAAGAAAUCGAAGAAAACUAGCGAAGAUAGCUCAACUCGAACCAAAAAAUCAUCGAAGAAACGAAAACAUCGAAGACCAAGAAUUGAUAGUGAGUUAGGAUAAGAAUCACAUGAAAUCAGCUUUUUCGUAUUUUUUUCAGAUGAUAAAUUGGAUGAAAAUACUGAAAAAGCAUUGCGAAGUAUUCGUGAGAUCAAUAAAUAUCUCAAACAUAAAUAUCAAAUAAGAUCCGAUCCGAGUUCAAGAUCAAAAACUGUCUCAACAUCAAUCUCAUCAACCGCAACUCAAACUCCAAAAUCGACUAGCAGCGAAGAUGUUGCUGAUAAAAUGUAUCGAGAAGUUGCGAGAAUUCCAAAAAUCGCUGAAGCUGUUGAUCACAAAGGUUAUCCAUUAUCACAUCCAUUGGCAACUACACCAUUUCCUGGUGCAACAACAGCAGCACAAAGAGAAAAAGCGAGACAAAUGUUGAGAAAUUUGGGAAGACAACAGGAGGAAUCGAAGAAAUCCAGCAAGAAGAGCUCAACAAAAACCGAUUUGUGCAAACGUUGUCAUACUUGCUCCGGAAUGUACUCGAAAAUGUAUGGCGAAACAUAUGGUGACUGAAGAGGAGCGCAUCAAAUUCCGUCGUGGAAUAUCGAAACUUCGCAAAGAUAUUCAACGUCCGGAGAAGAGAAGACAAACAAAUAACAAAUCGCCGUAUGAUCAAACACAAUCUGGAUCCGAAACUUCGGUUUCUUUGUCUUCGAAAUGAAUUUUGAAUUGGAAUAAAGUUUUAGAGGAAUAUUUGUUGGUUUUUUGCUGAAAAUUAUCAUUUCCCCCGCAAAAAUUUGAAAAAUUGCGGAAUUUUUGCUGAAAAUAUUGAAGUUUUUAAUUUAAUACUUCUUAAAUUUAUUUUUUCAUCCCCAGAAAAUAGUUUUUUUUUCCAUGCAAAUUAUCAUUUUCCCCGCAAAAACGAAAAAUAAAUGCAAAAAAUAAAAAGAAAACAACGACACUCCGACUUGCCCGCUGUUUAGCGCAACACGAGAAAAUUUUCAAUUUUCGUUUUUUUAGCUGGGUUUUCAGGUUUCGGGGGAAAAUCAGUGGAUUUCAGACAAAAAUUGAAUUUUUAGAUAUUCUUCAAGGCUCGAAUUAUCGAUUCCAAUGGAAAAUUCGAGCAUUAUUUAAGAAAAGUGAGUUUUUUCUAGAGAAACACGGUUUCGAUUGAAAUAUUUGAGAAAAAUAUCUGAAAAAUUGUUGUGAGACCCAGAAAGACCUCAGAAAUCUAUAGAAACAGAAAUUGAGUCAGCUGAACUCAAUGGUACAUGCAAAAAUUCAAAUUUUCUGAAUUUCAGCUUGA